AAUCAAUAUUAUAGUAAUAUGAAUGAUUCAAACUUUCAAGUGAAAUCAUCGCUCAGGACCCCGUCCGCUCGCCAGUGGGUCCUCAGCAGGCCUCUCUUAUAUUUGACACAGUUGCUUUUUACUGAUCAUAUUUUUCUCAACGUAUAAAAAUCCACUGCGGAUUAACAGUGUCGAUUCGGAUUGCGAUCAGCUGAGCUGCGAUUGGAUCAAAUCUUUUGGUCUUAUCAUUAUACGGUAGUUUCCGUCGUUUUGCACUUCUAGUCUUGCAUAUACAUGAGACGCACAGCGGUUUACAUCCCAUGGAACCUGAUUUCCCCUCGUCUGGGGCGUUCGUCUCAUCCAUAAAAGAGUCUUGCCGGAUCGUGACCAUAGAUGCACAUAUCAAGGUCGAAGAUGCUGCUAUCAGACGCCUCUUGGAAUCUCCGUCCUUUCGAUCCUCGUUUCAUCGUGUCUCAGGCUCUCAUGGGCUUGCGUUCCCACUCAAGUUCCCCUCACUCUUAUCAGAGUUAAACUUCUUAUCUGUCCUUUCUCUCCUCAACUUCGCUUCCGGCUAUCGAGUGCCACUUCACGAACAGACAGGACGAGGUGCAUGGGAUAAUAUACGGGCGUUCACAUUUUCUCUUUAUCUCUCUUCCGCAACAGGACAGGGAGAUUUACUUUCCGCGAAAGGCAUGAAGACAAUGAGUGAGCAGCAAGUCGCACAACACAUGGGUGUUAAGAUCCACGUCGAGCGACCUCAUGAAAAGAUUCCUGGUGUCACGGUCGGAGAACUCGGUGGACCAAUAUAUGAGCUGGUGCAACUGAUCAGCUCAACCCUAACCGAGACGGGUCAGAUCUUGGACACUUCAGGAUACUCGGAAUUAGGAGGCUUUGUUUUGGAGAGCUUGAAGGAAGGGGCAAAAGCUGAUCCUAGCGCAAGUCUUGGAAUCGUGCUAGAGAGGUUGGUGAGAGCUAUACCGGCUUUCCGCGAUAUGGCAGUUGUUAACGGAAAACCGGUGUACUGCUUCAAAAAGGCACUUUUCCUUAUCCAUGCAGUGAAGAUUCGUUUUGGUUCUUCGCUACCGUUUCCCAUCCCCAGCACAGCUCAGGCACCCGUGUUCACCGAUAAUGUUUUACCGUCCCUUUUGGUCCAUUUCGGAGUUUUGGACCUGGCCGGCGCAACAUCUCACGGACUUGAUAAAUUGUUCCCUGGUGCCGAGAGCGAAGAUAGAAUCAACAAACUCUUGGCUUUACCUCCUGAGGUUCCACAAGUGCUUGUGCAAGAUACCAAGAAAACACCCCCGAAGGAUGGUCCUAUACUCACGAUAGACCAAGCCUAUGUUUUACGUGCGGCUGCCGUACACGCCUGCGAGAAAAUUGUGCAAUAUGCAAGGGGUGAUGGACAACACAGUGGAGAGAAAACAUGGGUAAAAGAUAUCACAUCGCCCGAACUGGAUAUCUGGCUCUGGGCAGUAGCCAAAGACCGACCAGAUUACAGAAAUCUGGAGAGAUUUGUUUUGCGGGGUACAGUGUUCUUUUAAGGUCUUUUUCGCGAUUCAGUAGCGUACUCGGUUGCUAUGGCGUUAUUACACAUACUACCCAAACGUUGAAAUCACAUAACGGUGGAGGACUUGUGUGUGCUCAUGUGCGUUGAUGAGAAUGAUUAUUCUGAGAGAAAAAGUCCGUUCGCCAAUUGCAAUUCUUCACCCACAAUCUUGAGACUUCAGAGGCCGCAACAUCCAGAGGUAUAAUCGUUGACUUUGCUAUGACAAUAUGGCCAUCUGGACUUUGGAAAUCGUGGGCGAGCGUUGCUGAG